UAUUGCUAGCGACGUGGAAGAGGUCCUUCAGGCACGUCAUCGGCUACCUUUGUUUACACACACGUCACAAGGAAGUGAACAAGUUGGAAAUGUACAGACAGGAUUCCCAGGGUGACGUUCCACUUUUUGACGAGGAUGACAGGAGCAAAUCAAAAAUCCAGCAUCCUUUCGCCUCUUUCUUCCACCUUUUCUUCCGUGUAAGUGCUAUCCUGGUGUACUUGUGUGAACUUUUUAGCAGCAGCUUCAUCGCCUGCAUGGUCACCAUCAUCCUCCUGCUGUCAUGUGACUUUUGGACAGUGAAGAAUGUGACUGGGCGGCUGCUGGUGGGCCUGAGGUGGUGGAAUCAGGUGGAUGAGAACGGAAAGAGCCAUUGGGUGUUCGAGUCUCGAAAGGAAACCAACAGACAAAUUGUCUCAAGUGCAGAAUCACGGAUUUUCUGGCUCGGGCUUAUUGUGUGCCCCAUCUUAUGGGUGUUCUUUGUGUUUUCCACUCUCUUUUCCUUUAAGAUUAAGUGGCUGGCGGUGGUGAUUAUGGGAGUCGUGUUACAGUGGGCCAACCUCUAUGGAUACAUCAGAUGUAAAGUCGGCGGUGGGACGAAUCUGAAAAACAUGGCAACCAACUAUCUGGGCCUUCAGCUUUUUAAGCAGGCAAUGAACAAAUCGCAAGGACCCUAAGUGCUUUCACUGAUUUGACAACGUUGGCGCUGCUAAUGUUAUGAUUUAUUUUCUUGUACUGACAUUCAGUGGGAAAAUCUUAAUGAUGUUACAAAUUCUCGUCUCCGACCAAUUGCAUAUGGGCUUUUUAUUACUAAAUUUUGUUUUUUCCGCUCUAGAAUUUUCCACUAUAAUGUAGGCCAUAUUGGAAGUUGCAGUAUGUUGUUAAUAUGUGCCAAUAUUUAAUCAGAAUUAAUCAGGGAUUCGUUCCUUGCCACAGUCGUCACCGGUUUGCUCAUCAGGGACAAACUUAAACUUAUAAAGAACAAUUUUUAUUCAUUCUUUAUUACCGCAUUAUCUGUGUAAAGCUGCUUUGAGACAAUGUCCAUUGUUAAAAGUGCUAUACAAAUAAAAAUGAAUUGAAUUGAACUGAAUAUAUUGCAGUAUAUUGUGAGUAGGAUUGAUUGCAUUGUAAUUCCGUUAUAUAAUUUUAUUAUUUAAGCGCUUUCUCAUUUUAACACAAUUUCCAUGAUAAUUCCAUAUAAAUUACUGACAUGUAGAUGAAAUUAAAAUACUAGGUUGUUCACUUUGUCUGUAAUAAAGUGUGAUUUAAUGUU